GGCCCGAGAGAGUAUUAAAUUUGCAAUGAUGACCUCGAAUAAAGAUGAAGAUAGGAACGCAUUAUGAAUGAAUGAUGAAUGAGAAUAGAGAAUCAGUGGGAGACAGAGAGAGUAAGGGAAAAUGGAGAUGCAACAGCUUCUUAGCAUGGGCUUCCCCGACGAGUUAGCCGCCCAAGCCUUGGCUGCCACCGGCGGCAAAUCCACCGUCAAAGCCACCGAAUGGAUUCUCACUCACAAACCCAACUCCAAUCCUAUUCCUAAUCCUAAUCCUAAUCCAUCAUCAUUUGCUUUCCAACCCAAACUCGACCGCUUCUUUCAAUCCCCAUCUCCACCACCACCCAUUGACUCACAACAACAACAAAAAGAAGAAGAACAACAACAACAAGCAGAUGAACCAACCAAACGCAUCAAGUUAUCACCACAAACGCAAACACAAACACAAACACAAACCCAACAAAACAAGUCCGCAUUUUUCUUCAACCGUUCCAAAAAACAAACCCAAACUCACGGACCCUUAUACGAACGUUUGCGUCCCAGAACAUUGGACGAGGUUGUCGGACAAGACCAUCUUCUCGCAAACAAUUCCAUUCUCCGCUCCGCAAUCCAACGCAACCGUCUCCCUUCAAUACUCCUGUGGGGUCCACCUGGCACAGGUAAAACCACUAUCGCCAAAGCUAUUGUAAAUUCAUCACCAACAACUUCCACUUUCUAUCGCUUUGUCUCUUUAUCUGCUGUUACUAGUGGUGUUAAAGACGUUAGGGAUGCUGUUGAUGAAGCUAGAAAACUCAGAAUCAAAACAAAUCAAACCACUGUUCUCUUUGUGGAUGAGGUUCACAGGUUUAAUAAAUCUCAACAGGAUUCUUUCUUACCUGUCAUUGAAGAUGGUAGCAUUGUUUUCGUUGGUGCCACUACUGAAAACCCUUCUUUUCAUUUGAUUACACCACUUUUGUCUCGUUGUCGUGUCCUUACUCUUAACCCUCUUCAACCCCAUCACCUGCUUUUGCUUCUCAACAGGGCUGUAACUGACACAGACAAAGGGUUGGUGCAAAGCCUUGGUUUUGGUUCUGAUUCUUCCCACGUUGAUGUCAGUGUCCGUGAUGAGGUUGUUGAUUUUAUAGCUAAAAAUUGUGAUGGGGAUGCUCGUGUUGCUUUGAAUGUGUUGGAGAUUGCUGCUGUUACUGCUGCUGCUCGGGUACAAGUACAGCAUGAUAAUGAAGAAUGUCUUGGUGUUAAUGUUACUGUUGAGGAUGCAAAGGAGGCACUUCAAUGCAAGCAUCUUGCUUAUGAUAAAGCUGGGGAAGAACACUAUAAUUUAAUCAGUGCAUUGCACAAGUCUAUGAGGGGAAGUGAUGCUGAUGCAGCUAUUUAUUGGCUAGCAAGAAUGUUAGAAGGAGGUGAAGAGCCACUUUAUAUUGCACGUAGGCUUGUAAGGUUUGCAAGUGAGGAUGUUGGUUUGGCUGAUCCUUUAGCUCUUAAUCAAGCUGUUUCCUGCUACCAAGCUUGUCACUUUAUAGGAAUGCCUGAGUGCAAUGUCAUUCUUGCACAAUGUGUUGCAUACUUGGCUUUGGCUCCUAAAUCUGUAGCAGUUUAUAGAGCAAUUGGAGCUGCUCAGAAGGUAGUGAAGGAAUCAGUUGGACAGAAUGAAGGGGUGCCUCUUCAUCUCAGGAAUGCACCAACCAAAUUAAUGAAGGAAAUUGGGUAUGGGAAAGGAUACAUAUACCCUCCUGAUAACCCUUCCUCAACACAGAGCUACUUGCCACCCUCUCUUCAAGGAUUCAAAUUCCUCCAUUGGCCUGACAGGAAUACCUCUGAAUCUGAUGGAUGAAAAUGUUCAAUCCAGAUGGAGUUUUUAUCUGUCAUUUUGUUCCCUCUUUUUUUUCUUUUUUCUUUUUUUCUUCAUACAUAUUUCUCCACUAAAACUGUUUUGGCAUUGCGAACAAGCUUGUAGCCUUGUAGGUAGGCACUGGUGGGAAAAUGGCUAAUGCAAGUGUAACGCAUGAUGUAGGUUUUUACUCAAUUAAAUGCUCAUUUUGAUGAA